AUGAGAGAGCUCGUCAACAUUCCACUGUUACAGAUUCUCUCCCUGGUCGCCUUCAGCGGGACCGAGAAACUUCCAAAAGCUCCUGUCAUCACCACGCCUCUUGAAACCGUAGAUGCCUUAGUUGAAGAAGUAGCGACUUUCAUGUGUGCCGUGGAAUCCUACCCUCAGCCCGAGAUUUCUUGGACCAGAAAUAAAAUCCUCAUUAAACUCUUUGAUACCCGCUACAGCAUCCGGGAGAACGGUCAGCUCCUCACCAUCCUGAGUGUGGAAGACAGUGAUGAUGGCAUCUAUUGCUGCAGCGCCAACAACGGAGUGGGAGGAGCCGUGGAGAGUUGUGGCGCCCUGCAAGUGAAGAUGAAACCUAAAAUAACUCGCCCUCCCAUUAACGUCAAAAUAAUCGAGGGGUUGAAAGCAGUUCUACCAUGUACGACAAUGGGCAACCCCAAGCCGUCUGUCUCCUGGAUCAAGGGGGACAGCACUCUCAGGGAAAAUUCCCGCAUUGCAGUUCUUGAAUCGGGGAGUUUAAGGAUCCAUAACGUGCAAAAGGAAGACGCAGGACAGUACCGAUGUGUGGCAAAAAACAGCCUGGGCACAGCUUACUCCAAGCUGGUGAAGCUAGAAGUUGAGGAAGACAGUGAGCCUGAGCAGGACGCUAAAGUUUUUGCAAGAAUCCUGCGCGCUCCUGAGUCCCACAAUGUCACCUUUGGUUCCUCUGUAACCCUACGCUGCACAGCAAUAGGUAUCCCCGUCCCCACCAUCAGCUGGAUUGAAAACGGAAAUGCUGUUUCCUCAGGGUCCAUUCAAGAGAGUGUGAAAGACCGGGUGAUUGACUCAAGACUCCAGCUCUUUAUCACCAAGCCAGGACUCUACACAUGUAUAGCUACCAACAAGCACGGAGAGAAGUUCAGUACGGCAAAGGCUGCGGCCACAGUCAGUAUAGCUCCCCCUACCAUCUUCUCAGAGGAUUUGUCAUUUGGGUGGACUUCUUUCAGUAAAUCACAGAAAGACAGCAAAGGCUACUGUGCCCAGUACAGAGGGGAGGUGUGUGAUGCAGUCCUGGCCAAAGAUGCCCUGGUCUUUUUCAACACCUCCUACUCGGACCCUGAGGAGACCCAAGAGCUGCUGAUCCACACUGCGUGGAAUGAGCUGAAGACUGUGAGCCCACUCUGCCGGCCGGCUGCCGAGGCUCUGUUGUGUAACCAUCUCUUCCAAGAGUGCAACCCUGGCAUGGUACCUACUCCCAUGCCCAUUUGCAGAGAGUACUGCUUGGCUGUGAAGGAGCUGUUCUGUGCAAAGGAAUGGCUGGCGAUGGAAGGAACGACCCACAGAGGACUCUACCGCUCAGGGAUGCAUCUCCUCCCGGUGCCAGACUGCAGCAGGCUUCCCAGCAUGCACCGGGAUCCCAUGGCCUGCACAAGACUGCCCUAUUUAGAUUAUAAAAAAGAAAACAUAACAACAUUCCCGCCGAUAACGUCCUCCAAGCCGAGUGUGGACAUUCCAAAUCUGCCUUCCUCCACCUCUUCCUUCGCUGUCUCUCCUGCGCACUCCAUGACGGUCAUCAUCUCCAUCAUGUCCAGCUUCGCCCUGUUUGCCCUCCUUACCAUUGCCAUCCUUUACUGCUGCCGAAGAAGGAGGGAGUGGAAAAACAAGAAAAGGGAGUCAGCGGCCGUGACCCUCACCACACUGCCUUCCGAGCUCCUGCUGGACAGACUCCAUCCCAACCCCAUGUACCAGAGGAUGCCACUCCUCCUCAAUCCCAAGUUGCUCAGCCUGGAGUAUCCCAGGAAUAACAUUGAGUACGUCAGAGACAUUGGAGAGGGAGCGUUUGGAAGGGUCUUUCAAGCAAGGGCUCCAGGCCUACUUCCUUAUGAACCUUUUACUAUGGUGGCCGUGAAGAUGCUGAAGGAGGAGGCCUCUGCAGACAUGCAAGCGGACUUUCAGAGGGAGGCGGCCCUCAUGGCAGAAUUUGACAACCCCAACAUCGUGAAGCUCUUAGGCGUGUGUGCAGUAGGAAAGCCUAUGUGUCUGCUCUUUGAAUAUAUGGCCUAUGGUGACCUCAACGAGUUCCUCCGAAGCAUGGCCCCUCACACCGUGUGCAGCCUCAGUCACAGUGACCUGUCCACAAAGGCUCGGAUGUCCAGCCCUGGCCCUCCACCCUUGUCCUGUGCAGAACAGCUCUGUAUUGCCAGGCAAGUGGCAGCCGGCAUGGCCUACCUGUCGGAGCGCAAGUUUGUCCACCGGGACUUAGCCACCAGGAACUGCCUGGUGGGGGAGAACAUGGUAGUGAAAAUUGCAGACUUUGGCCUGUCCAGGAACAUCUACUCUGCAGACUACUACAAAGCUAAUGAAAACGACGCCAUCCCUAUCCGUUGGAUGCCACCUGAGUCCAUCUUCUACAACCGGUACACCACAGAGUCGGAUGUGUGGGCUUAUGGUGUGGUCCUCUGGGAGAUCUUCUCCUAUGGCCUGCAGCCAUACUAUGGGAUGGCCCAUGAGGAGGUCAUUUACUAUGUGAGAGAUGGCAACAUCCUCUCCUGCCCCGAGAACUGCCCCUUGGAACUGUACAACCUCAUGCGCCUGUGUUGGAGUAAGCUGCCCGCAGACAGACCCAGCUUCUGCAGUAUCCACCGGAUCCUGCAGCGCAUGUGCGAGAGAGUGGAGGGAACGGUGGGUGUCUAG